CUUAACCUCCCUGAAUCCCUGCGUUGUGGGAAGAAUACACGCUGUAGCCUACUUGAAAAAAUCCACAACACAUUUUUAUUAUAGACAAGUGUCUUUUUUUAACAAGUAUGGGGAAUAAUAAUAGUAGUCAUGUCUCUUUUGAGUCAGACGAUCAUGGAGGCGUUUCGUUUGUGAAGGGCAUUCGGCUCUCUGAUAAAGUCAUUGACCGAAUGAGGGAGUCACCAAGUAAGGCCUGUCCAUGUCCAGGUCAAAAAGCUGCCUCCUCACCCCAUGCUGUGCCUGCUGCUCCCCAACCCAGACUCACACCCAUACCCACUGUUGAACGACUGGUCCCAGUGUUGCCUCCGUCUCCUCACUUUGUGAGCACACUAUUGCCUCCUCCACUUAUCGAGCCAGUGGAAAUCAUUGAAACACUGCCAAGUCCUCCCCUCCAACAUUCCUCAGAGGAAGUAAAAACACAGCCCCCAAUACCACCUAAAGAGCAGCUCUCAGUUCCUCUCACAACUCCUGCAGAAGGCAAAGUAGAGUCCACACCAUCAGUAACAGAAGUUGUAGCCUCACCAUCUUCACUUCCAGAAUCAGUUGUCAGCUCUCCACCCAUACCUGUAACUGAAGCCAUUCCCUCCCCUGUUCAGACAACACCUGUUUCUACCGAACCUGUGGCCUUACCACCCUCUCCACCUGUUGAUGUGCCAACAACGCCUUCCGUGGUUGUAACACCCAUCUCUCCUCCUUCAGUUGAGCGUGUGGCUGAAUCUCUACCUACACCUGAGCCUAAAGUCAUACAAGUGCCUUCUGUUGUACCUACAGUUGAGCCUGUAACUGUGGCAUCUGAACCUUCACCUACACCUCCUGUUGAACCUUUGAAUGUUCCCUCUCCUUCAAUUGAAUAUGUUAGUGAAUCUCUACCUACACCUGAGCCUAAAGUCAUACAAAUGCCUUCUGUUGAGCCUACAGUUGUACCUGUUGCCGUGGCAUCGGAACCUUUACCUACACCUCCUGUUGAUGUUUCCUCUCCUUUGGUUGAGCGUGUUACUGAAUUUCUACCUACACCUGAGCCUGAAGUCAUUCAAAUGCCUUCAGUUGAACCUACAGUUGUAACUGUAGUUGUGGAACCAGUUGUACCUGUAGUUGUGGAACCUGAACCUUUACCUACACCUCCUGUUGAUGUUUCCUCUCCUUUGGUUGAGCGUGUUGCUGAAUUUCUACCUACACCUGAGCCUGAAGUCAUUCAAAUGCCUUCAGUUGAACCUACAGUUGUACCUGUAGUUGUGGAACCUGAACUUUUACCUACACCUCCUGUUGACCUUUUGAACGGGCCCUCUCCCUCCGCUGAAGCUGAGACUCCGGUUACACGGACACCCAAAGAGCCUAUAGUCAUACCACAACCUUCAUCUGAUGAACUUUUAGUUGUACCCACACUUCCCACUAUUGAGCCUGUAGCUGAACCCACUCUUGCUCCUGCUGGGCCUGUCGCUGAACCUGUACCUACAGUUCAGCCCCAAGAUAUAAAAGUCCACCUUGUGGAACCAACAGAUAUACCCACACUUCCGGCUGAGGCCAUUUCUGCACCUGCACAUUCUGAAGACUCUGUUAUACCUGUAUCCCACCCAGUUGAACCUAUAGUCACACCCGCGUGCCAUGUUGAACCUGUAGCCGUGUCUACACCGACUGAACCUACAGGCACAGCUGCUGAGGCAAUUUCUUUACCAGUGCCUUCUGCUGAUUCGAGUUCCACACCUCUACUUUUUUCAGAAGAAACUGAAGCAAUUGCUAUGCCCUCACCCUCUGUAGUGCUCCCCCCAGUCCCGUUGCUUGCCCUGGAAGACCAUGCAGAUGUGCUUCCAAACACUUCAGCUCCCACUCCUCCUACCAGUGGACUAUUGGCCUUGCUUGCAGGAUCAGAUAGCCCACCUCCCCCACCUCAGAGGCCUGUGGACACCCAUCCCAUCCCCUCCCUCCUUGAUACCAUGAGCCCUCCUCCUCAGCUACCUCCUCCUAAAACACCUGUGGUCAAUGAAGAUGAAUUGAGAACACAAAUCAAAGGAGAACUACAGAGACUGCUGGAGCAGGAGAUGAGCCAAGCACAGUUAAGGAUUCAGAAACAAUUAGAAGAGGAGAAACUCCGAGCCAGGGCCCUCGCUCAGGUGGGUGCUCAGGCCCAGAUACAGGAGCAGGUAAAGAAGGUGUUGGAUGACGAGAGGGCGGCCCACCAGAAGUCCUUGACAGAGACCAUCAUGAGGGAGCGCAUGAACACUGAGGAUGAGCGUCUUAUUGCCCAGUAUUACUGGUUGGAGCGGAAGGCUCAGAAGCUGGAGGAAAGAGAUGAAGACCUGAAGAAACAAGAUGUCCUUUAUAGGGAGCAGAUUAACAAGCUGGAAGAGAAGAGUACACAAUUUUACAAGGUUACUAGUGAGAACUUCCGCAAGGGGAAAGAGGAUGCACACAAUCGCUUCAAGAGAGUUCAGAUUAAACCUGCUUGUUCUGAGCUGCAACAACAGAUAAUGAAGUGUUAUAAGGACAACCAAGGCCAGACCUUAGCCUGCUCCAAUAUCGCUUCGCUGUACAUCCAAUGUGUGGACAAAGCCAAACAAAAAACAAAGACGAGUAUUGGGGCAUAAACCUGAUUAAUCUCAGGAUGGCAGCAGCAUCCAUAUACAAUCCAACAUUGUACUCUUAGGUGUACUCUUGUGUUUUCUGAACAGGAUCUCCAAAACAAAGGUUUCAAUGCUCUUAAAAAUCCGCUGUGUAGUGACAAAACCUGUAGAUUUGUGAAGGCUCUGUCUGGGACAUAGGCUAUGCAAGACAAGGCCUGGAAUUAUAGUUGGUUUACUAUUCAUGUUCCAAAAAUGCAUUGUUAGUGUACACAGUAUUGCACCACCAGCCCAGAAGUUACCUGGAGUAUGUACACACUGCUCGUAUGGCGAAGGACUGAAUUUCAAUAAUUGUACAGCCACUUUGAUCCACUGCUAAUCAAAGCACACUGAAAACAAUUAUUGUAACAAAUUUGCCGUCAACAAAAUGGCAUGGGUUAGGUGGAUGCAUGCUGAUUUUCAUCUUUAAUACAUUUUCAUAAAUCAUCUUUAUAAUCUGAAUUAUGAAUGUGAAGCCAAAUAAAAGGGAAAUUCUAUUGAAAAUUGGACUUGUAGGAAUACUUUCAGCCUGUUACAGUUGUUUUCACUCACUGCACACUAUGAUAUUGUACUUAGGAUCUUCCCGAUUCAUUACAAUAAAAUAUAUUUGAAAUUUGAUAUUAGAAAAUAAACAUUUCAUUACAUUAUCAAAGGAUAAAAGAAA